AUGGGUUCAGAAGGUUCCAGGACUGGUUCUGGAUUCACAAAAGCUGGUUCCAGUAUGGGACCCCCGUCUGGUUCCAGGGUUCCCUCCAUGCUCUUGGUCGCCUGGUGUUUGGUGUUCGUCCUGCCGGUCGGUUGCCGUGGUAACUUCUCAUCCGAGACGUCGGACAUGUCCAACCUGCAGGACCUCCACGUCACCGACCCGCCUCUGGGACCGGGAUUGGACCACCUGGAGCCACAUCUGGCGCAGGAGACGGUGAUCCUCUCGUCCUCUCUGGAGAAAUCAAAGUCGAAACACGUGAACAAGCAGAAACACAAACACGAGAGAAAACCUCACCCGUCGUCCUCCAACUCGUCCCUGGCGGUCCGCUCUCGCCCCGUGCCGCCCCCGAGCUGCCUCCACGCCACCUCCAUCAAAACCGCCUUCAAGUACAUCAGCACGGUGCUGUCCUGCAUCAUAUUCACCGUGGGGAUCAUCGGAAACGCCACGCUGCUGAAGAUCAUCUGCCAAAAUAAAAGCAUGAGGAAUGGACCCAACGCUCUGAUAGCCAGUCUGGCUCUGGGAGACCUGAUAUACAUCGCCAUCGACAUACCGAUCAACGUCUACAAGCUCCUGGCUAUGCGCUGGCCGUUUGCUGACAGCGUGUUCGGUCUGUUCCUCUGUAAGCUGUUUCCAUUCCUGCAGAAAGCUUCAGUCGGCAUCACCGUCCUCAACCUGUGUGCUCUGAGUGUGGACAGGUAUCGUGCGGUGGCGUCCUGGUCCCGGGUGCAGGGCACCGGUGUUCCCACGGUGACGGCGGUGGAGAUCGUGGCGAUCUGGCUGCUGUCCGCGGUGCUGGCGGUGCCGGAGGCCGUCGGCUUCGACAUGGUCACCUUCGACUACAGAAACGUUACCAUGACGACCUGCAUGCUGCAGCCCAAGACGCCCUUCAUGAUUUUCUACCGGGAUGCGAAGGACUGGUGGCUGUUCGGCUUCUACUUCUGCGUGCCUCUGGUCUGCUCCGUUGUUUUCUACGGCCUGAUGACCUGUGAGAUGCUCCGACACCAGAAGGGAAGUCUGAGGAUCGCACUGAGUGAGCACCUGAAGCAGCGUCGUGAAGUAGCCAAAGCCGUGUUCUGCCUGGUGCUGAUCUUCGCUGUGUGCUGGUUUCCACUUCAUCUGAGUCGCCUGCUGAAGAGGAUGGUCUACAAAUCCCACGAUGCACACCGAUGCCAACUGUUAAAUUUCCUGUUGGUGCUCGACUACCUCAGCAUCAACAUGGCAACCAUCAACUCCUGCAUCAAUCCCAUAAUCCUCUUCUUUGUCUCCAAGAAGUUCAAAAACUGCUUCAAGUCCUGUCUGUGCUGUUGGUGUUAUUCUGGCUCUCUCUCCAACAGUAUGCUGCCUCUCCACCAUGGGACGAGUCUGCAGUACAAACACACUGACCACUGA